AUGGCACCCACUGAUCAAUUCUCAUCGCUCUCCCUGUCUCCAGCCACAUCUUCCGCUAUCGAAAGGAUGGGGUUUCAGAACAUGACAACCGUUCAAGCUAGAACCAUUCCGCCAUUACUCGCUGGCAAGGAUGUCCUCGGUGCUGCCAAGACAGGCAGUGGAAAGACGAUGGCGUUUCUGGUGCCCGCUGUGGAACUGCUGAACACUCUACGGUUCAAGCCGCUCAAUGGGACUGGGGUGGUCAUCAUUUCGCCAACGAGAGAGCUAGCAUUGCAGAUCUUCGGCGUGGCGAAAGAGCUCAUGCAAGGACAUUCUCAGACAUUCGCGGUGAUCAUGGGAGGAGCAAACCGUAAGGCUGAAGCGGAGAAGCUGGCCAAGGGCGUCAAUUUGCUCGUCGCGACGCCAGGAAGACUGCUUGAUCACUUGCAGAACACGAAGGGGUUCCGCUUCUCUAAUCUGAAAAAUCUGGUCAUUGAUGAAGCGGACACUCUCCUUUCCAUCGGUUUCGAAGAGGAGCUCCAGGCGAUCUUGAAGAUCCUUCCGAAGGAACGACAGACCUCACUGUUCAGUGCCACAUUGUCGACAUCUGUCAAUAGCCUUGCCAAACUCUCGCUCCGUCCGAACCCCUUAUAUAUCAACGUGGACGAGGACAAGGUCGAAGCGGUGCCAGAGACAUUGCAACAAGGAUACAUCGUCGUUCCUGAGGAUCUUCGCUUCAUGCUCUUAUACACAUAUCUCAAGCGAAACAGCAAGAAGAAGAUCAUCGUGUUCUUCAGCAGCUGCAAUGCAGUCAAUUACUAUUCCGAGCUGCUAAAUUACCUGGAUGUCCCUGUACUGAGUAUACACGGAAAGAUGAAGCAGGCUUCACGGUCUAACACAUUCUUCGAAUUCUCCAACGCUCAACAUGGUACCCUGCUGGCCACCGACGUGGCUGCUCGAGGUCUUGACAUUCCCUCUGUCCAUACUUCCAUUUCCUUUGAUUGUCCCGCCGACCCCAAAGACUAUAUCCACCGAGUUGGACGAACAGCUAGAGCUGGAAAGAUUGGAAAAUCUCUCUUAUUCCUCCUCCCAUCUGAACUUGGAUUCCUUCGAUUCUUGAAGAUCGCCAAGGUCCCAUUGAACGAAUAUCAGUGUCCGCCCCUGAAAAUCGCCAAUGUCCAAACUCAGUUGGAGAAUCUCAUCUCCAAGAACCAUUAUCUCAACCAAUCGGCCCGCGAGGCGUUCCGAUCCUAUCUCCAGGCGUACGCUUCUCACUCGCUCAAGUCGGUGUUUGACAUCAACAAGUUGGAUCUGGCCAAGGUCGCUAAGAGCUUUGGAUUUGCGUCUCCUCCCAAGGUGAACAUAUCUGCGAAACGUCCGGCCGCAGAUGACGUCGACAGUGAUGAUGAAGCGGCGAUCCGACAGAAGAAGCGGCACAACAGUAAGAAGAGGAGGCAGGUAUGA